AUGAAGCGGGGAUGUUCACAUUGUUGCGCCCCUCUGACGAUCCCCGUUAAGUCUUGGGUCGGAGUCGCAGCCGACGACGACGCAGCGCGCACCUUGGCGAAGAAGCUCAGGAACGACGUUAAGCGUCUCGGCGCGCGGAGUUUCUGCAACAAGAUUUCAGUACUCGCUGUCACCGACGACGACCUCAACAACCGGAAGACCGCUGGCCUCGUCGACACGCCGAAGCAGACGAAGAACUGUAUCGAGGUGCUGUCCGACUCCGACUCCGACGACUCCGAUUCGGCGGAUGGAGACUACGACGAGGACGAGCCCAUCGAGUACGUUGGCGACCGCGAAGAAGGGAAGUUGACGACGCCGGAGGGAGCGCCGCGGGCGGCGGCAAGGUCCCGCACGAUCUUCUCGCGAGCUGCGUCCAUCUCGCCUUCGAGGGCGAAAGCCUGCUCGCACAGCCGCCUUACCCUCGAAGGCGAGAUGGACGCAGCUCGCGAGAAGAUCGUGCGGGACCUUGCCGCCGCCCGCGGCGCUCCCUCCGGCGUCGUCAACUUCCCUGUUGGACCCGACUCCGACAACGAGGACGACGCCGGACACCGCAACAGCAGCGACAACACGCGUUCGACUCCACGGCCAACCGCUCUCCGCCACGGCGACCUCGGCCGGGCCGAGGCCGACACUUCGGCCGCGUCGGCGAACCUUCCGGUCAUUUACUGUCCUGCCUGCAUCGAGCCCGAGUGCAAUAUGUCCGGCAACAUGUCCAUGGUAUCCUGCAACAUCUGCAACGGUAACAUUCACCGUUUUUGCGGAGUCCUCGGUGGCACCCGCAACGACGACGGCGAGACGAACGACUUCGAAGGAACGCGCUGCUCGCCCUGCGCCGCUGCCAACAAGGGCAAGAAGAGGGCGCUGCCGAUGCCAUACUGA